GUCGGAGGAGGCCGAGGAGCGGGAGCGAGGGAGGCGGCGAUGGAGGUGGCGGGGCAGGACAGCGACUGGCGCAGCGCCGCCUUCCGGCAGAAGCUGGUCAGCCAGAUCGAUGACGUGAUGAGAAAAGCCGGCGUGGCCCACAGUAAGUCGAGCAAGGACAUGGAGAGUCACGUGUUCCUGAAGGCCAAGACCCGGGAGGAAUACCUUUCUCUGGUGGCCCGGCUCAUCAUCCAUUUCCGAGACAUCCAUAACAAGAAGUCUCAAGCUUCAGUUGCCGAUCCCAUGAACGCGCUGCAGAACCUAACGGGGCCCCCCCCAGCAGGAGCCCCCGGGAUCAGCAUGGCGACGCGUGGUCCAGGGCAAUCCCUAGGAGGGCUCAGCGGGCUUGGCGCCGUGGGCCAAGGAAUGACCCUGUCGGGGCAGCCUCCCCCCGGCACCUCCGGAAUGGCUCCUCACGGCCUCUCUGUUGUCUCGGCCGCCACCCAGCAAACCCAACUUCAGCUGCAGCAGGUGGCUCUCCAGCAGCAGCAGCAGCAACAGCAGCAGCAGCAGCAGCAGUUUCAGCAGCAGGUGGUCUUGCAGCAGCAGCAGCAGCAGCAACAGCAGCAGCAGCAGCAGCAGCAGCAGCAGUUCCAGGCCCAGAAUGCCAUUCAGCAGCAGUUUCAGGUGGCGGCCGCGGCCGCCGUGGCCGCCCAGCAGCAACAGCAGCAGCUGCAGGCAGCCCAGCAGCAGCACCUCAUGAAACUGCACCAUCAGAACCAACAACAGAUCCAGCAGCAACAGCAGCAGCAGCAGCUACAACGAAUCGCUCAGUUUCAGCUGCAGCAGCAGCAGCAACAGCAGCAGGCAGCUCUGCAGGUACAGCAGCAACCGAUGCAACAGCAGCAGCAGCAGGCCAUGCAGCAGCAGGCCCUGCAGCAGCAGCAGCAGCAGCCGCCCCCGUCCUCUCAAGCGAUGCAGCAACAGCUGCAGCAGAUGCACCAGCAGCAGCAGCAACAGGCGGCCCAAGGCCAACAGCCGCAACUCCCCCCGCAGGCCCAGACCCAGCCGUUGGUCAACCCCGCUCAGGCCAUCUCCGGGCAGAUGCUGUUCACCAAACAGCAGAUCCAAGCCAUGCACGUCAGAGCUCAUAUAGUGCAGCAGCAGCAGCAGGCGCAGCAACAGCAGCAGCAAGUCCAGCAGCAGCAGCAGCAGCAACAGGCGGCGGUGGCCGCGGCCGCGGCCGCAGCCGCCCAGGCGGCCCAAGCUGCCCAGAUCGUAGCCUCCGGCGGCCAGAUGAUCACCGCAGCUAUGGCCCGAGGUGGGAUGCAAAUCAGACCACGGUUCCCACCCGCCACCGCGCCAUCCACCACGCCACCAAGCACCAUCCCUUUGGGCGGACAGCAGAUGCCCCAGGUCGGCCAGAACAGCAUGCCCAUGAUGUCAUCACCUUCCCCCGUCCAGCAAGCCCAGACGCCCCAGUCGAUGCCACCGCCGCCCCAGCCGUCCCCCCAGCCCGGGCAGCCGACCUCCCAGCCCAACUCCAAUGUCAGCUCGGGCCCGGCCCCAUCUCCCAGCAGUUUCCUGCCCAGCCCCUCCCCGCAGCCGUCCCAGAGCCCGGCCGCCGCCCGCACCCCACAAAACUUCAGCGUCCCGUCACCGGGGCCCCUCAACACGCCGGUCAAUCCGAACUCGGUGAUGAGCCCGGCCAGCGCCAGCCAGUCUGAGGAGCAGCAGUACCUGGAGAAGCUCAAACAGCUGUCUAAGUACAUCGAGCCUCUGCGCCGAAUGAUCAACAAAAUCGACAAGAACGAAGAUCGGAAGAAGGAUCUGAGCAAGAUGAAGAGCCUCCUGGACAUCCUGACGGACCCUUCCAAACGGUGCCCGUUGAAGACGCUACAGAAGUGUGAGAUCGCCCUGGAGAAACUGAAGAACGACAUGGCUGUGCCCACCCCACCUCCGCCGCCGGUGCCGCCGACCAAGCAGCAGUACCUGUGCCAGCCCCUUCUGGACGCAGUCCUGGCCAACAUCCGCUCCCCGGUCUUCAACCACUCCCUGUACCGCACCUUCGUGCCCGCCAUGACCGCGAUCCACGGCCCCCCCAUCACCGCCCAGGUGAUCGCGCCACGGAAGCGGAAGCUGGAAGAGGACGAGAGGCAGACCAUCCCCAAUGUCCUUCAGGGGGAGGUGGCGCGGUUAAACCCCAAAUUCCUGGUGAACCUGGACCCCUCGCACUGCAGCAACAACGGCACCGUCCAUCUCAUCUGCAAACUGGAUGACCGGAACCUGCCGAGCGUCCCGCCCCUGGAGCUCAGCGUCCCGGCCGACUACCCGGACCAGAGUCCCCUCUGGAUAGACAAGCAGUGGCAGUACGACACCAACCCGUUCCUGCAGUCGGUGCACCAGUAUAUGACCUCCAAGCUGCUGCAGCUGCCCGACAAGCAUUCCGUCACCGCGCUCCUCAACACCUGGGCCCAGAGCAUCCGGCAGGCCUGCCUGUCCGCCGCCUGACCCCCGCCCCGGGCCGGCAGCCGGGCUCUCCCCUGGGGCCGCGGGGCCUGGAGCGCCGGACCCCGCGGCCUCGCACUGAUCUGUCUUCUGGGGGCCCGGUUCUAUUGCGGAGCGCGUCUGCGGUCAGACGUCACGCUCCUGCUUUUUUCUCUUCUGCCCCCUGCCCAGAGCACGGUGUAUAUUUGAUUUCCCAGGCGGGGGUAUUUGGAGGGCGGCCUCGUUGUUCCCGUAGAGAGGAGCUGAUGUGUAGACUUCCGCGGGGAGUCGGAUCAGGUUGUGGGGGUUGGGGGGGAAGCAGGUCCACGUCCUCAUCUGUCCCGCCGUCGGUCCUCCGCCGGGGUGGUCAGCGUCCCUCCUCCUGCACCCUCCCCGGGCCCCCCCCGAGUCACCUUGGGAAGGAGGCAGCUCCCGGACAGGGCAUUCCGGCGUGUCCGUGGGAACGGCCUGGAGGUAACGACCUGUUACGGUGGGGUGGCACCUCCCUAACACCGUUCCUUCGCCCCAAGUCGUCCCCACGUCCCCGGCGCGACUGGCCGGGCGGGUCCUCUGUGGCCCCCGGACGGCCGCCGACACGGGGUGGACGCCCCGCUCGCCUCGCACCCGCAGACGGGGACGCCGGGGUUUCAGAGCCCUGCCCUUCCGUCGCGGGGAUCUCAGGGAGGCUUCGGUCCUGCAGGGUACCUGGCGGAGUCCCCUUACUCACCGCGGGCUAGUACCGGGGCAUAAGGGCACGGCCAGGGUGAGCCCCCCAUGACGUCAUCAGGUCUAGGAGGAAGCGCGGCAGGGAGGAAUCGACAUUUAUUACAUGCACUAAUACAUUUCUUUGAUCGGAUCACAAUAAAACAGUUACUUCUGGGUCCAACGCUGA